AUUGCGUCACUUCCGGGCUGGGCAGGGCCGCCAUUGUUCAGUCCCGAGGCUGCUUGGGUGGGCGCGCGCCUGCUGACACAAGAAGGAACUUUCCAAGUCGUCCAGUUGGCAAAGUGACCCAAGUUGACGUCUCGCCGCCAUGACUUCCACUAACAUGUUCCAGGGGCUGGCCACCGGCUCCAAACCCAGCUCCAGGGUGCUGCAGCCUCCAGGCGGUGGCUCCAGUGACCUGUUUGGAAGUUAUGAAGAGAAAGCCCCACAAUCUAGAAGACUAAACAAGAUGGCCUCCAAUGUGUUCGCUUCACCAGAGGAGCCCCAGACCGUACCCAGACGCUCCAACCCUCCCGGUGGGAAGAGCAGUGGGAUAUUUGGGGAACCUGAACCUCCAGUCCACCAGCAGAGACCAGGUGCACCAACCAGCAGCAUCUUAGCCUCACCAGACCAUGCAGCGCCCCAAAGCCCGAGCGAAGCUCACCCCAACAAACCAAAGGACAAUCUAACCGUCAGACCUGAAGCGGAAUCACCAGUUUGUCCUUCAGGACUUUGGCCAGCAUGCCUAUUUUCACCACAAAUGUAUUUCAUCUUGAAGCACCCGAGGUGGAGAUCAUCCAGGCCGAGGUCAAAGAGCAAUGUGUGUCGGCGGCCAAGGAAGACCCUCCCGCUGCUGUUGUCGUCGCUGAUGUUGCCCCUCCCCCAGAGCCCGCCUCCUCCUCCUCCCCAGGCCCUGAUGAUAACUCCCUGAAGAACCACGAGCCUCACCUGGGACCCAAGCCCCGCUCGCACAACAGGGUGCUCAACCCUCCCGGAGGAAAGUCCAGUGUGGUCUUCUACUAAUCCACACAACCCCCCCAUGUAUCUUCUCUCAUUCCAGCCCCUCCCCCACUCUUCUCACGGUUGUCUCCAAUGUAGCUGAAAAGAUCAGGAGGUCUUGUUCCUGAAGGCAAAUCCAACUGAAACUGCAGAAUACAAUCAUGGGUCAGCAAUGGCCCCCAAAAGGACUGGAGCCCUCAAACUCCACCAGACCAUCACUAAGAGCUCCUCGUCUAUCAAAAGCUGUUUCAGGGAAGAAACUACCAAAAGUUGACAUUGCCUCCAAGACUCCAAUGUUCUGGCUUUCCCUAAAAAUUGGGUGUUUUUUUUCCGCCUCGCCCUCAUUGCGUGCCCUCUUCCUUCUUUUCUUCCACCCGUCUGUUUAUGUUUUAAAUUAAAACAGUUGGAGACAGGGAACCCUGGACAAGCUUGUGGCCCACCUGAGUUUCCAGGUGAGCUAUUUAGGUCUCCGCCCACUUCACAUUCAAGGUGUUCUGCCCACGUGCCUGGCAGCAAUAAAAUGUUUUUGCAGCCUU